AUGCAGAUCUCCAUGAAGACCCUCCUGGGGAAAACCAUCACCCUUGAGGCUGAACCUUCUGAUACUGCAGAAAAUGUGAUCCAGGAAUAGGAGAGCAUCCUUCCAGAUCAGCAGCAGCUGAUCUUUGCUGGGAAGCAGCUGGAGGAUGGACACACACUGUCCAACUGCAACAUUAGACAAGAAUCCAUUCUUUACCUGAGGAGGAGGAGGAGGAGGAGGAGGAGGAGGAGGAAGAAAGAGAAGAAGAAGAAGAAGAAGAAGAAGAAGAAGUUGUCUUACACUACUCCCAAGAAGAGCAAGCAUAAGAAAAAGAAGGUUAAGCUUGCAGUGCUCAAGUACUACAAGGAGGAUGAGAACAGCAAGAUCAGCCACCUGCACCAGGAGUGCCCCUCAGAGGAGUGUGGGCCUGGAGUCUUCAUGGCCAGGCACUUUGACAGAAACUGCUGUGACACUGCACAUGUGGCCCUCAGCACCUCCAGGACAGGAGCUGGGUCGAUGCCCUGCACGUGUGGCCCUCAGCACCUCCAGGAUGGGAGCUGGGUCGAUGCCCUGCACGCUCAGCCCAGGCUCAGGACAGCCCCAGCCAUCACCUGCCCACCUGAGGGGCCACCUGUGCCGUGUGACAAGGCGGAGGGGCAGGAGCUGAGCCGCUGUCCCCAGAUGCCCAUGCUGUGA